CAGCUCUCAGGGCAGGAGAAACACAGCAGACGGAGGCAGGUGAAAUGUGGCCCGACAGGUCUGAUGGGAACUCAGUGCCAGAUAGAAGAAGGGGAGGUGACUGACAACCCUGCUGCCAGCCGGUAGGACUCUUACCCAGAGAAUGAGAUAUGAAGACAGAUGUGUUCAUGUUGCAGUGAGUAAAGGCUGGAUCCGGUCUAGUCACUGACUGACAGAAAGGUAAGGGACCUUUGAACCCCAGGGCCCUGUGGACUCCCAGCACCACCUCCAGCCAAAGCUGUAGGCUUGACUGAGUGGAAUUUCCCUCCUCUUCCCUGCCUGGAGACGGGGGCAGAUGGUCGGUCUGAAAGCCUGAGCAGAACUCAGGAAGAAGAAGGAGAGGAAGGGUGGGAGAGAGUGGGGGCUGGAGAGAAGGAGACGAAGACAGGCACAGACUGGGCAGAAAAGGAGACAUGCUUCGCUACGGCUCAAGACCAACGGUUUCCACCACCACCACCACCACAGAGGACCCUGCAAAGCCUUCAAGUGAGAGGAGGAUUCUCAGGCUAACUCUGCUCGCAGGAAAUAAUGAAAACAAGGAGGAAAAAUCUGCAGACACAAGUGAGAGUCACAUCAAGGAAACAUGGAAAAAGAAGAACGGGCUGAUCCACCGAGAAAGUCCAGCUGGCAUGGAGUCGCCUCAGCAGCACCUCGGAGACACAACCAAUGGGGUGCCUGUGACCUCGCUGCAGCAUCAUGGGCCCAAAGUGUACGGCGUAGUGCAGAGGACAAGCUCGGACAGACAGCAGGAGCUGAUGGCGAGGGAGUGGACCGUCAGCCACCUUCAUGAUGAGAUGAGGUACAUCAGGGAGGUGAGAGACUCACUAGAGAAGGUGAGAGAAAGGAUGUACGGCCAGUUUGGAGGAAUGCAGCAAUCAAUGGAGAAGCUCUCACGGGAAAUUAGGGCAGCCAACUCCCAGAGGAAAAGUCUUGAAUCUGAAGUGAAGGUCCGUACAGCAGCCAUGGACAACUUUGAUCAGAUGAACAGCUCCCUCAUAUCUGCAAACCUCAGCCUGCAGAAAUCACUCAUUGAGAACUGUCAGAACAGAAUAGGCGCAAAAGAUGAGGUAAAGACUUUGCGGAGUACCUGCCAAAAAACGGAGCAGCAACUCAGGGACAGGGAGCGGGAGCUGGCUGGAGCAAAGGCUGAAAACCAAACACUGAGACUUCAGGUUGAAUCUUCACAUGAGGCCAACACCCGCGCCAUGCAGGAUCUCUCUGCAAAGCUCCAGAAGGAGUACGAAGAAAAGCUGCUGAGGGAACAACAGGAACACAGAGAAGAGAUAGAAAAACUACAGGUCCAACUUGAUGAUUACAUGAGGCGACUGGAGGAAACAGAAAGGAAACUGAGAGCAGCAGAGGCACAGAUUGCUGAAAAAGACCAGCGGAUCACUGAAGUUGAACGUCUCCUGAGCUGCAUGGGGAAAGAGAAGAGUCAACUCCAGCAGAAACUGCAGGAUUACGAGCAGCGUAUUCGCAUGUUAGAGCGGACAGACAAAACGGAUGCAGCUGCAGCCAAGAGGUCUAAGCAGCUGCAAGAAGAAGCCGUGGAACUUCGUGAGAGAAUUAAACACUUAAACGACAUGGUGUUCUGCCAGCAGAGGAAAGUCAAAGGAAUGAUAGAGGAAGUUCAAGCUCUACGAUCUCAAGUUGCCCAGAAGGACAUGUUUAUCUCAGACCUUUUGGACAGAAUUGCAAUAGUGGAGUGUGAGAAUAAUGAAUUAGAAGACAAGCUGAAGUAUUUUAUGUCCACACAGAAUAGGCCUCAAGAAAGUUUGGAAAGACGAGACAUAGGAGUAGGCUGUGAUCUGCUCCCCAGACACGAAGUAAAGAGGAAUGUUGUCGAACCUGUUCAUCUUCAUUCCACCCAACCUACAUCACCUGUCCAACCUACAUCACCUGUCCGACCUACAUCACCUGUCCGACCUACAUCACCUGUCCAACCUACAUCCCCCGUCCAACCUACAUCACCUGUCCAACCUACAUCAUUCGUUGAACCUUCAUCGUUUUUCCAGCCUUCAUCACCAGUUAAUGCAACAUCACCUCCUCAACCUCUCUCACCCACAGAUCCUUCAUCACCCACACAAUGGUCUUCGUCUUCUUCAAAUCUUUCCUCCUUCCAACAUUCAUCAUUCAGCCUAACAAAGCCCAUCCAUCCAAGGACAUUCAGCUCUACUAACCCUCCACCCAGCAGACUAGAAAACAGUUUAUUAAGGUAUUCUCCUGGUCAGUAUAGUCAGUUCCUGCAGUCCAACAUGGCAGCAGUAAAUGGUGUUUACUCGUCUGAGUCUGAUCCCGUUCUGAGUCCCGUCAAGUCAGACGAGGUGGAUGCAAAACCGAAAACAGACACUACACAAAGUAAACAACAGUCCACUUCAUCAUCCAUGUCGUCUUCUCGACCAAGAACAAGAUUACAAGUUUACUCGCCCUUCAUGACACUGAUUGGACAGAACCAUAAAGACAAACACUCAUCGACUUAAAGGGUUCAUAUUGGGAAAUAAUGAAGCUAUUUUUUUUUUUCAUUUUAUUUGAUUUAUUGCAUUGUUUGUUUUUUUCUGAUUUGAAUAAUAAAAAAAAAACUUAUCAGACCUCUUUUGAUUCCAGUCAUCUACAGAUAGACUCAGUGUUCUUUAUGUCUUUCAUGGUAGCAGAUUUACUAGAUUUGAAGUAAUCUUAUAAUUUUACCAGCAUCUUUUUUUAAGAUUAUGAGGAAUGUUUUGAAGAGGCCCAGCCUAAAUCUGAACUUCAAUAUGCAGAGUACGUGGAGGGAUUCAUACCGUUAAAGUGAUGGCAAAAAAUCUUUAAAUCUAAAACAUUAAAAACUUUAAAGGGUAAAUUAUUAACAUCAAAUGCAAAUGCAAAAGCCGGUCAGUAACUUAAAGAAGGGUUUAAAAAGUUUGUUUUUAUAAUACAGAGGGUUGUUAAAACCGCCAACAUGUAAUUUUUUUAUGAAAGUAAAGAAAUAAAUUGUUUUCUAAAUAAAGACAUCUCCUUUUACAAUAAAUUUUAUCUGAUGAAGUGUGUUUUCCAAUCAGAAACAAGCACUGUGUUUAAAUUUAACCAAAGUCUGGAAGUAUUAUAGGUAACUUUGGUCUGAACUGUAUGUAAACUUAUUUGGAGUGACAACUCACUGCCUAUUAUUCAAAAUAUAUGUGGCUAAAGUUCUUUAAAACAGGUCACACAAACAAUAUGGUUAUUUAACCCAUUUAUGAAGCUAUCACACAGUAUAAACCAUGUAACACAUUUUUCAUUUAUCAGUUUCAUUUGGAUGAUGACACAAAAAAAAUGUGAGAUCAUUUUGAUCAAACAAACAUCGGUGGGUGGACAUUUGAACUAAACACACUAACUAAAUAAUUCUCCUUGUCUCAAAAUGUCCUGCUAAAAUAGAUAUGGCUAACCAUAAGCAUAGCUACUAAAUGCAUGUGUUGGGAAGUUGGACUAAAAUGAAGUAAAUUGAAUUUACAGCUGAUAAUAAAAUACCAUGUUGUGCUGGAAAACACUUUCAAAUUUUAUUUGAUAUUUUUAAAAUUACAAUGGUGAUAGUUAAAAUCCUUGUUUUCUCUUACAGGGAUGAUAGAAAAAGUGUACUAUUGAGGAUGUUUUACAUUUUAAUUUCAAUGUGGUGUAAUUAACUGAAUUAAUUUUUUUUUUUUUCUGACGUGUUAUAUGAAGUGAAUGUCGCCCCAUUGCUCACUGAGCAAUAACUUCUUUCAUGGUUUAGGAUUGAAAUGGUUAUUAUUUGUUUUAUGUAAAUGUUUUAUAUUUGCUUUGUACAUAUGAAAUGAUAUAUUUUGCUAUGUUCGUACUGUGUAAAUAAUAUUUAUUAACUUGCAAUGUGCCUUUGUGGGUAUUCCCUAUUGUCUGUGAAUGGUGGUGGAGCAAAAUAUCUGUUAUGACAACAGGGUUAUAGACUUUUUUCAAUAUUAUGGCUUUGUUGUGACUUUUUAAAUAAUAAAGUGACUGCCAUUCUCUGAGCCCCCAGCAGUACCUCCCA